AUGACUGUCCCCGGGAACGUUCAUGGGGCCUUCUCCAGGCAUCUCUGCGCCAGCCGUCAUCUCGCCAAGUCACUCGUGGCCAGAAGGAGCAUGAGCGCGGAGAACGACCAGCUCUGCCACGAAUCACCAUUCACCAACGGUCUUCUUGGAUUCAGACUUGAGCUGUACACAUACACCAUGCUGUGCAAUCUCGGCGUACAUCCUCCGUCCACAGAACCUGUGGCCGACCUCCUCUUCAUGUCCUUUGAGAACAUGUCCAAAUUCCCUACCUUUGGCGUCCCCUUUGCCGGCAGUCAUAAACUGUACCGAGUCAUUCCCGAGAUCGAUGCGCUUCCUUCGAGGCGUCGGGUCGAAAAGCGCAAUGACCUUGCCCGUCCCAUCACAUCCCUCAUGCAAGACAACGAUAGCCUUCACAGUCGUCUGAGUGGGGGCGGUGGCGCCGCCCUCCUGGCCGGGAGAGACAGAGAGACAGAGACAGAGUUUUACAACUGGUCUGGCAUGGGCCACGUCGGCAUGAUGGCGGAUGUUUUGCAACUCUUGUGGGACAACCCCGACCCUGAAGCAUUCGGACCACAUGGACUGAAAAAGUAA